AUGCAGCGUAGGAUGACAAGGACCAGGCAACUGCGCUCAGCGGUGAGUUCAAAUUAUAUACAGAAACUAGGGUUUAUCUGUUCGUGAAUGUUUGGAGUGUCACUAGAUGAUCCGUCCAAGGUUUUCUAGACAUUUUAUACGCAAGAUGAUUAUUUUUUCUUCCGAAAGUAUCGAUCAGAUUGUGGAUUUUCUUUUGAGCGCGGGAAUGUCAGUCUUCCCGCCAAAUUGACAGGGCUUACUAAGGAAAGAAUUAAUUGGCUAUUAAUCUAAGCCAAUAAGAUUUGCUCUAUUAUUGUACCAAACAUGGCGAACGGGAAAUCAACCGCCAUCAUGGUGCAACAGUGUGAGAGCGUAACACGCUGUCACACUGUUGUACCCUGAUGGCGGUUGAUUUCCUGUUACAAAUAAAUCAGGGAAGAAGUAAAGAGGGAAUCUAUGGUGGACUGUCACUCGUUACAUAAAGGAAAAGUCGUUAUUUUGGAGUGGCCAAGCAAUAGACUGACUAGAGUACUCAGCUGGAGGUAAAUUAAUCUUAAGCUUAUUUUUUGAUAGCAGAAAUGGAUUUAUUCUACCCUGGGUGCCAGAGCGAUAUUUUUUAGCGAAGCUGCGAUUGUGAGCGACGAAGCCGCGAUCGAGAUCGUUUCCGAACGUAAUUUCUAAUUGUGUAGGUGCUGUAAACAAGAAGACCUUCGUUAGCUUGUUUCGGCACUUUCGUCCUUGUUUAAUAGGCCUAACUUUUUUAUUUAAAUUCAGGAGUGACCAGAGCUCUCAAGUCUCACAGUUUUGCCGUGAGACACGGUUUUUAGGGCAAUCCCACGGUCUCACGAUGAGACACAAAAAUAUCACGGUGAACAAAUUCACAAGCCGAUGGAAUACACUUUCCUUGAAUAUUUUCAAUUUUGCUUUGUAAAAUUUUUGACAAGACAUAGGCCUCAAAACGGUGAUGGACGAAACAUUGACCCCCAGUCCAUGGAGUACCCUAAAUUACAUAAUACCUCAAGUUAUUCUCGCAUUUUGAUUAGUUCUUGCUUAGGCCUGUACCCGUUUUAAACGUCGAAUUUCACAUGUGGCAAAAUUAUCUAAAUUUAUGCUGAUGAGAAAAAUCUAUUGUUUUCGCUCAUUUGCAUUAGAUUCGGCACAUGUGAAAUUUGACGUUUAAAACGGGCCUUAGGAUCUACCAGAGGACAGACGAACGAAUGAUGUCAUCCUUUCAAAGGGAAACAGGUUGUUUUGCCCCAGGUCGUUUCGCCACAACUCAAAGUAGCUUUGCCCCAACUUAAAGACGUUUCGCCCCAACUUUAAAGUCAUUUUGUUUAAAGUAAUUUGUAACAUAUUUACAAAUUACUAGACGAAUAAAAUGUCACAUUGUUAAGAUGAGGCUGUUGGUGAUGUUUUACUCUCCCCAAUCUCUCUUUCCCGCCCACACCAUGUUGAUGAUGCGCUGGUUGAUCGAUGGCCGAUCGUAUAAUCUUUGUAAAACUUAAUUACUGGUAAUGCUUAAUAAACCUUCCAUGGCCUUUUACCUGUAGAGUAUCAAAUGCCAUUUAAACCUGUUUUUUUAAACAUUUGCGUGGUUAAAGAGCCAUUGAGUCUAAAUUUAUUUUUUAGAUUGCACACGUAGAAAUUUUUGAGAAUUAUAUACUAGGUACCGGUACUUUUUAAUGCGACUGGGGAGAAACAAGGUACAAAAAAUGUCUUGUUGAGGCAUUGAAUAGGUACAAAAGUCUGGAAGAAGAAUGAAAAAGCUGUUUCUUUACUAGAAAAUGACUCCGAAAAAAUACUUGAGCAGUCUCAGUCAGCAGUUAAGUGAGACUAAACCAAACACAAAAUUGGUCUUGGAAAUAAUUUAAGUAAGAAACCACUGCUUUGUCUCGAAUUGAACAAAACCAAUUCAUUGAUUUAUUUAAAAAAAUUCAAGUUUUCUCAGUCUCAAAAUGAUUGUUGACACAAUUUGAUUCAUAGCCUGCGAACGCAGACAUUUCCGGCUAUCGCUUGUCUCCUGCCGAAAGUUAACAUCUGUGAACCCGAGUCAGGAAACGAUUUCUGUGAUGCAAUGACUUUUGAUUCUCCUUAGCCAAUCAGAUUCCAUGACAGAAUGACACUUGAGUGCUCCUCAUAGCGAAUACCUUGUGCAGUAGUUCUGGGGCUACUUGAGCUAAACUGCGAUUGGCGUUACAGAGAUCGUUUCCUGGCUCUGGUUCUCAGACGUUAUUUUCGGCAGAGACAAAUGACAGCCAGAAAUACGUCAUGUUCGCUAUCCAAAUGCAUGUUGCUGUCCAUCUGUUGAGAACACAAAAGAAAGCUGAAAAGUUUGUAUCAAUAAUGCUGUGAAAGCAAUUCCUCUAUAAGAGAAUGCUAAUUUAAUAAGCAAUACAUUUGGUUGAACUAGUGAUAAUUAUUGCAACCUUGUUCCCAGGGUCCUCUCUCUACCUCAAGAAAGUAAAUGGUUACCCUGGUUAUGGCUGGUCACAUGCGUGCUAGAUUUUAGCAGAUGAUUGAAGGGAGGGACUGGAAAGUUAAAGUUUGUCUCCACUGAGCUCACCUACUGAACCCAGUAGGGAGCAAAAUUUGUAACCCCCCCGUUGUGGAUCGGCAAAACUCACAGCGAAGGCUGACACAUUCGAUGUUGGAGUUCAAUGCAUUCAAUGCUUGGCUAAAAGGUUAGCUCUGCAUUUGGCUGAAUUUUUCCUGUCGACAGUUGGAUGGUCUUUGGAAUUCUUUGGGUGUGAAAAACUUUGGCAAAGAACUUGGAAAUGACAACCACAACAAUAAAUGGACCGCACAGUGAAUUUAAUUUUCUUUUUCACUCGGCGAAAUCACAACGUACUCAUUCAUUUAGAGUUAAAUACGUCGUACGUGCACCUACAAAGGUAGUUUUGGAUUUGACUGAAUUAUUCCCAUCAACAGUUUGACUGUCAUUUCCUUGAACUUGACAUCAACAACGUCUGCGUGCUGAAUAAGCUUGAUUAAGCAGCUUAUAUUUUUCGAUUGGCAAAAUCACAACAGAGGCAUUGAUGCAUUUGUUUAGAGUUUGAUACGUCCAGUGUUUGGCAAAGAGACUAUAAGCUUUGAAUUUGAUUGAAUUCAUGCAAUCGAAAGUUUGACGGUCAUUCGAUUCUCUUGCAGUAAAAAAUUUUGUUGAACAUUUGCAAAAUCCAGCGGCUUUCGUUUUAAAACUGUUUAGUGGUAAAUCCAAUUCUCAGUCAACAAAGUAGCUCCUGCUUGAAAGCAUCCCAUCGAUAAUUUCACGGUUAUUUAAAUCUUUUGGUGUGAGAAACUGAUUAAACUGAUCCCUUGCAGGUUGUUGACGGUUAUUUAAAAAAAGCAGUGAAAUGUAAGCAAAGUUCCCUCUCAAUCAACAUCUCACACUCACAGAGGUUCAGGUUGAGAUGAAGCACUGGUCAGGCAGGAUCUCUGACAAAUAACUUGCUUCCCUUUCAAAAUAAUGUCUGUGUAACAGUGGAACAUUCACCUCCCUAGACAGUAAUGACAAAAUUAAGUUGAGAACCCACCCUCUGUGUGGCUUGGGUUGGCAUGCAUAGACACCUAACCAGCUGUAACCAGGGUACUUUCUUGAGGAAGAGAGAGGACCCUGGGAAUGAGGUUGGUGAUAUUGUCAUACGUACUGUGGAUAAAAAAGUCCAUAAUUUUGAUCUUGUCCACAUUUGUUCCAUAGCGCAUGCAGUUUUGGUUAACAUGCUACUAAGUCUUAUUCAGGAAGACUUUUGAUUGAGACCUUUGUGCAACCCAAAGGACAAUAUCAUUGCUUCUGAGUCAUUAUAAUCACCCUGAAGAACCAUUCGUGGACUCUUCUUGAUGCUAAUUAUUCCUUACCGUUUCAAGCUCUUCAAAAGUGUAUUUUGGUUCUAAGAACAAAAUUUUGCUGCCUAGGAGAAAACCAUGACACACAAGGCCAUGUUUGUUUUCAAUCAGCGUGAGCUAAAAAAACUUCCCCUAGAAAUCUCUGGGGCAUGGGAAAGAGGCAAAUAAGAUCAAGCUCUGACCUAGGCUCUCAUGCAGACUUUACCUUACCCAUUUUAAUUUGCAAGAUUUUCUGGAAUAUAAAAAUAGGUUGCUAAUUUGAAGUUCACUGUCACUUUUAAGGAACCUUGUGAAAGAUUUCAAGGCGAAGACCAAGAAGACUUUGAAGAAAGGUUCAUUAAUGAAUUCAUAGGUAACAUUUGAAUGCCUAGUUUUUUUUUAGCUAAAUCCCAUGUACUAUAAUGCUCUUGAUAAUAAAUUCUGCCGGGAGGGUUAUUUUAUAAUAAGGGUCGACAUGCUAUAAUACAAGCUUACUACCCUGUGAGUGAUUAGUUUCCAAGCUUACAGUAUUUAAAAUCAAGUGAUGUACAUGUAGCAUCUGUUCCAGCCCAAAUUGGCCUGAGGGGGGAGCGAUGGCCUUUGUUCCACCUCUGACUUCAUCACCUUUGCCCAAAUAAGGCAUCAUGUAUACUCAAACUCUUCAGAAGGAAAAGGCCUUGCUAGUAAUACUUAAAGUAGAUAUCUUUAUCUUAGAGGAUAACUGCUGUUUUUUAUUUGAGUAAGGGGUAAAUUCCACACCGAGGGUAAACUGUAACACUGACAAUAUUAUACUACUGAAAUCACUUAAUUGUUAGCUCCCUUUAAUAUCAUUCGCAUUUGAAUUUAGGGCUUACCCUCAUGAAAAUUUUCAGCAUCCACAUGUUUCACAACUGAUCACACAUUUUCACCAACUUUUGGGGACUUCUUUAAUGACUCCAGCUAGAGCUAUGGUUUAGAUGCCAUAAAGAGCUGAUUUAAGGGGUCUUUUUUCUGGAGACCUCAAAAUGUCCCCACUAACUGAACAGACCCCACAGUUCUGAUGUGUUUCCAUAUCCUUGUCCCCGUAAGUAGGCUGGUGUGAAUGCAUACAAACGAAAUAUUAAAUUCUUUCCUGACACAUAUUUGGUCAUUAAUGUCCUACAUAAAUGCAGCAAUCACAUUUUAAAGGUUCUCUUCGUUUGUAAGCCAGAUAUGCUAACAAAUUGAAUGGUUUUCCAUGGUUAACAAUAAUUAUGUGUCCAAUGAAGACAGAUUACAACACUAUUGCCCCUAUCGGAUGUCAUCUGAAUAAAACAAUUUUUUAAUGGUGUUUGCAAUGUGCCAAUGGUUGCUAUAACAAUGGUACAGUGCUGCUAAAAGAUACGUUAAAGCUCUGAGUUUUUCAAAAGCAACUUAAAAAUCAAUUCAGUGACCUAGUAUUUUUUUUUAAAUAUUAUUUAGAAAAACCCAUCAAAAUAAUUCUCUAGAUAGUCUAAUACAUGAUAGGAGAAAAAUCAAUACUGUAGAACUUGAUUUACUUAGGAAAGAGCUGUAGGAAUUGAAGUCUACACUAUAGAUUUUUUAGAAUUUUGUUAGUUUAUGAAUGCGAAAUAACGAAUCUUAUUUGCAUACAAAAAUUUCAGGGUGGGUCACCAAGCUAACUUUUGACAUUCAAGCUUUAUUUCUGGUUAUCGCAAUUUACACUCACAUUUCUGUUUCUGGUGUUGUGUUUUGAAGAAUUAAUGGCUGACUUGACAGCUCAUCCUCACGAGCGAAAAGCUUCACACGUUCUUGUUCAGAGAACAUGUACAAGAGCAUUUCUGAAAUUGGAUUUCACAUUGUUCUGUGAAGUUAUGAUGUGCAAACAUUCCAGAAGAUAAUCAUUGCUUGAGAUUCAGACUGCUUACCGUGAUGACUGUUGUAAAUGUCAAAGUAUUAUGGAGAGAAUUCUCUUGUUGGAUGCCACUAUUGAGGAAACUGAUUUAUUGAUCCAGACAUGUUGAUUAGUAGUUGUUACACUGGUGCCAAAUCGCCAAUGCUAGUUCUCCGUACAAUCCAUUCAGAUCAUAUAUACCGGUAUUUUUCAUAAAGAGCUUGGAGUGUGUUAUAUAGAAAAGAUUAGCAUGUGCCAUUUUCUGGAUCAAUUAUGUUAAAUUUACUUGAGGAGGCCAUAUUUACAACUUGCACAUGAAUGCCAUUGUGCGUGGUAUCGCAUGUUUUUCUUAUACAUGUUAUUAAUAUUGUAGGUAAUAAUUUUGCUUGCGUGCAUCUUGGGAUCCAUUCUCAGCACUGCCAAAAAACCCUUUUGAGCCUCCUGAGCUGCAGAAGGAUUUAAUCUGCACCAGUUUCACUCAUUGAAACAGAUUAAAAAGUUGUGACCAUGGAAUUUAUCUAUUUAUCACCAGGCGAGCCAAAACCCUGUGUGACCAGCCUUUGUGACUUUCCUUUAAUUUUGAUAGCAAUAUUAAUUAAUGCAUGUGGCCAAUCUGUAAGUAGUCUGUAUUUUGUACCUCAGUCUGCAUUUUACCACUGGCCAGUGACUGCAGUCUGCAGUUUGCAUUUGAAUGGUGAGCAAUUUUCCAUCCCUGCGGGCUAGGCUCCAUGGUAAGAUUGUCCCAAACUACUGAUGCUCUCUUGGAAAAUAAUUUUUUAACUGAAAACAAAGAAAUCCAGUUGAAGGCCAACAAAUGUAGCUAUUUAUGAUUAUACAGCUAUGUUAUUUUAGGUUUAAUUUUCCCUACAUUAUUUUCUGUAACAAUGCAUUUGUAUAAUGCCACUGUAAGUUUCAAAUCGAUCAUUGUUCAAGCUUCUGUAUUGUCCACAUGCACACUUUUUGUUACAUGUAGAUAAUUAUAAAUCUUGUAUAAUUAUAUUUAUUAUGUUGUUGUUUCUUUAGGGAGAGGCGUGUUCACAACAAAAACGUUUUCCAAAGAUGAUUUUCUUCUAGUCUACAAAGGAGAACUUGUUACAGCAGAUGAAGGAUAUCGGAGAGAAGACUCGUAUCAUCCAGAUUUGGGAAGCUUCCUCUUUUUUUUAAAGAUGGUAUCAAGUGCUUUUGGUAAGCCUGCUAGGAAUACAGUCUUUCUUUCGAAACACUGACAAAAUAAAAAUGGUCAGUAUAAAAAUUUUUAUAUGGGCAGCAGCCAGGGGACGGCCGCCGGGGAGGCCAUUGUUGAUACAGGAGGUCCCUGGGUCCCUUCCUAGAUCACUACAUGUACACAGCUGGAUGGACCAGAGAUUUGAGCUUACUGACAGUCUUACAUUCAUACGGCUCAUAUAAGGUAUCAGUAUACCCCAAAUGACCAUAAUUUGUUCGUGCCACAUUUCAUGCAAACCCCAGUAAAGUAUAUAUUUUCUGAAAGCUUAAGAAUUGUAGAAAUUACGAAGGUAUAUUCAUUAAAAUGAAAAAGUUAAGGCUUUCUGAAUAUAGCAUCCUUAUAAUUUCCCCAAAGUACAUGUACAAAGGUUCACUAAACAAGUUUGUUUCCGGUUGAAUUCAAGUGGGAGGACGUGACCAACAUUGCUACAUGUGACCCGACUGGCUUGGUCUAACAUGUGAUUGCAAAGAGGGAGCUAACUGCUGCAACUUUUGCGUUUUCACAACUAGUACUAUUCAAGACUAGUGGAGACGUAUAAUAAUCGCUCAGAUUGAAUAGAAACCAGAGCCCAUAUAAUUAUAUGGCUGCAGGAAAAACCGAAAAACCACAUCAGAUGCCAAAUUAAAAAAACUCCUAGUAUUUUUGAUGAAAACUGAAAAAGCAAAUGCUAAGAAAUGGAAAAUCUGCAAACUGCAAUGAAAAGCGAUCUCAAAAAAUAGCCAAAACUGCACAGGACUCAAGCUUAACUUUUGUUACCAGUGGGGUGUCUUGAAAACAAAGACCCCUAAGACCCCAAAACUUGAUACCAUGGGUGCAUUUUGCAGAAACGAGUGCUUUGUUUUUGCGUGGCUUCUGAAGGAUUUGUACUGACGGCAUGUAAGAAGAAAAUGUUUUGUCCGCAGUCUCCAAACUAAGAGAGUUAUCUAUUUGAUGAAAACUCCAUUUCAACUACACCAUAUUUUAAGCUACACAAUAUUUUAAUGUCUUUACACGUGGAAUCUGACUCUUAUGAUCGCUCAGGAGUGGGAAUGUAUUCAUGCAAAAAAUCGUCUUGAAAAACUCGUGUUUUUGUGUUUUGCUGUGAAGGAACAAAUUUAUUGACACUAUUUUGGUGAACACAUUUUCCAUCUGAUGACUGAAAUAUUUUUCAGUCGCAAGUUGGCGCCUGCCUAAAAAAAUUUAUUUCGGACCCUGAGUACUCCUCUCCCAAUACUCCCAGAAAAAUCACGUUUUUUGAGGUGAAAAACAUCACUUUUUUUUUUCUUUUCCGUGUAAUUUUUCAUGUGGACAAUAAUCAUAACACUUUACAUUAUUAAGUUUAAGUCUUUUGUUCGUACUUUCUCUUCUUUUUCCCCCUUUUUUAGAGUUUUAAAAUAUGGAAGCACCCCCUUCUCUUUAAUCUCCCGAGAGAGAGCACAAGGCUAUAGCUCACAAGGUUGACAAACUGACAACUGUACUGUACUCCCCCUUUCCUGAGGUUCCUUCCACCCGCCCUAAAAAAAACUUGUCUUAUUCGGGGGUGGGUGGGGAGGGGGUUUCGAGUUAAUUUGAAAUCAGGACUCAAGUAUUGUCCAAAUCAUGUCUGGAUCUUCUUUGGAAAUCUAUAAAUGGCUUAUCGCUGCAUGAUUUUUUCCGGGGGAGGGCGACAUUUUUCCAGAGGUACUGUUAGAGGCCGGGAGUACUCAGGGUUGCCAGAUGAAAAAUAUGUUCACCAAUAAAAUUUUUCUUUCACAGCAAAAGACAAAAAUGCAAAGUUUUUUGAGACGAUUUUUUGCAUGGAAAUAUUCCUACUCCUGAACGAUCACAAGAGUCAGUGUCACGUUACUGUACAAAGAACAUUUAGAAAUGUUUAAUGACUUUUUUGUUUUCGUAAAAUGUAGCCUUGUUUCAUUUUGAUUGCGUGAUUAUAAAUAUCCUUUUUUGGUUAGCCACACAAAGGGUUGUUUCAGUUUAGUUUCCUUUUCGUCAGCAAAGUAUAUUAAGUCUUUUUCCACGCAAACAUUUUAGUUUUAAGGAGUUGUCCCUGGAGCAAAUUGGAGUUUUAAGAGCGACUUUCUGUAAAUACCACGGAUAGGUGUGCAAGACGGAAAAAUCGAAAUCCCCCAAACUUUGUCACAACAAAGCCCUUUGGAAACUAUUUUAGAAAAUACAAGACUCAGUUCGUUUGACUUAAUAUUUUCCAAAAUAAUAAUUUUUUUUAAUUUUCACCUUCGAGAGGCCUUCAAACCACCGAAAAAUGUGCUUGAUACCCUCGCUUCGUGAAUGGAAACGGAAACUAAUACCAUAACUUUUCUUACAUAAAACAAUUUUAUGAUCCUUCCUUUCUACCUAAACGUUGUUACAAUUUCAAAAGAUUUCAAUCUGAUUUUUUAAUAUUUUUUCAAAAUUACCCUCUAAAUCAGCAUUAUCGCAACCAUCAAUUUUGCCAUUUUUCAACGGCAAAAAUCCCUUCCUGGUACAUGGCUUUCAUUAGAAAAAUGGUAUUCCAGAGAAAGAGCAAUGUUUCCCCUAUCAAUCUGUGAAAUAAAAUUCUGGGGCAAUUGAAACUGCGAGUUUUUACAACGGAAAACAUUUACGGUACUCGCGUGAUUUACGACCACUGAACUUGCAGUUGUCGUGAUGAAUACAAGCGAGAACCUAGACAGCACUUGAAACUCUGACGCAAAUUCGCCCCUUUUCCGCCAGUUUAAACACCAAAAACGAUUUUAGAUUUCACAGUGGUAAAUUUUCAAAAGGAAAAGCAAUUUUAUUGUACGAAAGUGUACUAUGAACUUCUUGACUACAGACACUUCCCUUACGGGCGUAUUUGUUUACUUUUGCCGUACACAUAUGUACAAAACGGCUAAUAGUGUCAGUAGCUAUUCUUUCAAAUGCUCUCAUUUCUCAUGAACCAAAUCGUUAUAGCUAUAAAAAAAGGAAAACAUUUUGACCUACCUCACGUUAUUUGAGAACAGACCCGAAUCCUUUACUGCCUUUAGCGAAACGAGAUUGCGUGACAAAGAACUUUGAGACCCAGGUUAUACCGCGCAGACAGAUACCAUUCCGAAAAAGAAACUCACGCGGCACCUUCUGUAGCUAUAAAAGCGAAAAAUGUAAAAAAUCAAAAUCCUUGGUUUCGUUGACUUAUCUGCCAGAGCGACCCUGCAAGCGUAACACUAAAAAAAUAUUUUUUCGUCAAAAGACUAUAUAGGGGUAGGCCCUUAUACAGUGGAACCGUGAUAUAAAGAACCUACGAAUGAUUUUCUUUACCUCGAUAAUAGUAAAAUAUGCCGUAAAACCUAUAUUAAAGCCCCCUGUCAAAUAACCCCCCCUCCCUCUGAUAAGCCCCCCCCCCCCCCCCCCUCUAUCAAGCACCCGCUUCCCACCCGUAAUUAUUCUUCACUAAUAAAUGAAAGACUGUAUUAAUCAAUCACGACCCUAAAGGCUUCGUGUAGACUAAUCCGGAAUGGUUUAUUUACCAACUGGAAGUUCGGAUUUGAUUAUGAUUUUCGACUGCAUGACCUAAAACUUCCUGUACUUGAGCUUUUCCACUUUAUAUUAUAGUUCUUUAUGGAGAAGCGAUACCAUCGUAGUUUCUAAAUUAAACAUAUUAAGCCCCCCGUCUCUAUUAAGCCCCUCCCCCUCGAAUGAGCUUGAAAUAAUAAGCCCCCCCGGGGAGCUUAAUAGAGGAUUUACGGUAUGAAAAAAAAACCUCGAUAUAACGAAACCCCGUUAUAGCGAGCAAAUUUCAGGGGCACUCAACGACUGUGUUCUGUAAAAUAUAUCUUCGGAGAAGUAGAUAUUGCCUAGAAUUUUGUAUAGUUUGAGGACGCCUAAAAAUUUCUAGAUGACCGUUCCGUUCCUGUUCAAUUUUCGAAGGUUAUCUUAUAAAUUCCCUACGAUUUUCUGAAGUUUAAUUUUUCACAUUUUACAUCCCAGGUUAGGCUAAUUUUUCAUAGAAAAGAGGAAACCUAAAGUGUUCGGAUUCAAACAUGUGAUUGAGAGAGGAAUCAGAAAAAUUCUCACUUUCGUGAUACGUUAAAUUGCAUCUAAAAUUUUUGGGAAAAUAAUACUGAAGCCUUUGUAAUUUCGAAAAUGCUCAAUGCAAGUUCCCCUAGGAUGACCGAACAGGAACAAAUUUUACAAGCCGCUUAGAAUGCAUUUCUAGAGAUCUAAAAGUACUCUGGGUACACCAUUGAAAAAUGCUUUCAAUGAAUUUAGAAGGAAACCGUCGUUGGGUGGCUCAGAAAUUUUUUUAGUCCCUUGGCCCUUCGUUAAAUCGAGGUUCCACUGUAGUCUCUUGCUUUCAUCACGCUCGUUUUAAAAUACGAUUAAGAAUUCCUUACUUGAAUUCUUAGGAAAAAGCGCUAAUUCGUAGUCUAAAAUGUCAUCCGUCCCUUCCCUCCACCCCCUAAGGGGCCACAGCAGGUUUCGGGGUGGGGCGAAGACACUAAGACACGCAUAACAUUUCAGACUAGACAUGGCGGGGCUAAAAAACCUGCAUAACUUUAGAGCACCUCUUGUGUUUAAAUUUUCUUUAGUUCUGGCAGACUCGAACAAGUUUUGCAUUUCUGAGGAACGUUUUGCCUAAAUAUAGGUUAUGGCACAUGUCAAGCCAGAAAAAGUGCGCAGUUUGAUAGAAAAUGUCAAGUACGACUGAACAACGCCCGUAAAAGCGCCCCUAAUGACUCGGGCGGGAGGGGGAGGCUGGGUGGGGAGGGGAAACUCUGAAAUUGAGCAAAGAGGACCUAGCUCUAAGCAUACCGCCUGCUUUUUAGUUGUCCGUAUCCCUGGGCAAUAAAUUUUACCCACAGUUUCGAGCAACUCUUUAAAGGAGAUUGCAAGCCCGUAUAUUUGGGGCCGUCAGGAACGCUCAGCGGUGAAACCAAAGAUCGCGCCCUCGAAAAACUUAUUUUAACUUACUGAAAGCUGUUUUUUCUUGACCUAUUUAACUUAUCGUUAGGAAAGAAGAAAAGGAAUCUCAUAAUUAGCGUAUGUAUAAAACCAUCAAGAAAACUCGAAAUUCUGGGUUUUCUAAGACAACAAAUACAGAAAGUCCGUGGACUGGAAAUAACUCGCUAUCAAUUAUCCGAAGAUAUCCGAAUAUCUCACUUUUCAAGCCCACGUUAAUUCGCUUCAUUUUUGAGGGGAGCCAACAUUAGCCGCGCGACUGUUAUUUUUUUGCGCCUGGGUAUCUCACGUUAUGCUUACGCGUAUCCGUAAGUGUGUCUUACAUCCUACGCUUACGUAAAGGUUAUAUACCUGGAAAGAUGGGGUAUGUGAUAUAUUCACCUGGUACCGCCCCAAGGGCUACGUGUGUAAGACUGUUCCUUUUCAGAUUUUCAAUAGCAAUGCAAAAAACAAUAGCUUUCAGUUAGUGCGAACAGCCUUUCCUUCUCUUUUAUUUUCUUUUCCUUUUUUCUAAAAAAAACGCAGUUUUUUUUUCAAGGUGCGAGGGGCGCGAUCAUUGGUUUCACCGCUCGAGUGUUCCAGACGGACGCAACUAUACGGCUUGCAAUCUUCUUUAAAGAGUUGCUCAAAAAUAUGAGCGAAAUUUUUCUUCAAGGCAGACUCAAAGGUAAAGCGUAGACGGUUUGGUUAGAGCUAGGUCCCCUUCGCUCCAUUUCAAAAUCCCCCCCCCCCCUCCCCCUGCCAGAAUUAUUAGGGGCGCUAAUACGGGCGCGGUUCAGUCGUACUUGACAUUUUCUAUCAAACUGCUCACUUUUUUCUGGCUUGAGAUAAGCCUAUAUUUUUCCCAAACGUUGCUCAGAAAUGCAAAACUUGCUCGAGGUUGCCAGAACUACUGAAAGCUUUGCUUUUAACACCAGAGGUGCUCUAAAAUUAUGCAGGUUUUCUAGCCCCGCUAUGUCCAGUCUGAAAUGUUCUGCGUUUCUUCGCCCCACCCCGAAACGGGCUGCCUUCCGUUAGGGGGUGGAGGGAAGGGACGGAUGACAUUUAAGACUAGGAAUUAGCACUUUUUCCCCCUAAAUGUCAUUUUUCUAAGGAUACAAGUAAGGAAUUCAUAAUCGUAUUUCAAAAUGUGCAAGCAGGCGUUUAUGGAAAGUAAGAGAAUAUAAGGGCCAACCACUUCAAAGUCUGUUGUGGAAAAUAUGUUUUUUUAGUCUUACGUUUUCAUAAUCGCUCUAGCGGAUAAGUCAGUGAAACUAAGGAUUUUGAUUAUUUACAUGUUUUGCUUUUAUAGUUACAGAAGGCACCGCGUGAGUGUCUUUUUCGGAAUGGUAUCUGUCUUUCUUCGCGGUAUAGGUCUUUGUCACGCAAUCUCAUUUCGUUAAAGGCAGUAAAGGAUUCGGUUCUGUUGUCAAAUAAUGUGAGGUAGGUCAAAACGUUUUCCUUUUUUCAUAGCUAUAACGAUUUGGUUCAUGAGAAAUGAGAGCAUUUUAAAGAAUAGCUACCGACACUAAAGCAGUUUUGUAGAUAUAUGACAACUGUUACAAAUACGGCAAAAGUAAACAAAUACGCACGUAAGGGAUGUGUUGUAGUCAAGAAGUUCAUAGCACACUUUCGUACAAUAAAAUUGCUUUUCCUUUUGAAAAUUUACCACUGUGAAAUCUAAAAUCGUUUUUGGUGUUUAAACUGGCGGAAAAGGGGCGAAUUUGCGCCAGAGUUUCAAGUGCUGUCUAAGUUCUCCCUCGUAUUGACCGUAUUCAUCAAUACAACUGCAAGUUCAGAGGUCGUAAAUCACGCGAGUACCGUAAAUGUUUUCCGUUGUAAAAACUCGCAGUUUCAAUUGCCCCAGAAUUUUAUUUCACAGAUUGAUAGGGGAAACAUUGCUCUUUCUCUGGAAUACCAUUUUUCUAAUGAAAGCCAUGUACCAGGAAGGGAUUUUCGCCGUUGAAAAAUGGCAAAAUUGAUGGUCGCGAUAAUGCUGAUUUAGAGGGUAAUUUUGAAAAAAUAUUAAAAAAUCAGAUUGAAAUCUUUUGAAAUUGUAACAACGUUUAGGUAGAAAGGAAGGAUCAUAAAAUUGUUUAAUGUAAGAAAAGUUAUGGUAUUAGUUUCCGUUUCCAUUCACGAAGCGAGGUUAUCAAGCACAUUUUUCGGUGGUUUGAAGGCCUCUCGAAGGUGAAAAUUAAAAAAUAUAUAUUAUUUUGGAAAAUAUUGAGUCAAACGAACUGAGUCUUGUAUUUUCUAAAAUAGUUUCCAAAGGGCUUUGUUGUGACAAAGUUUGGGGGAUUUCGAUUUUUCCAUCUUGCACACCUAUCCGUGGUAUUUACAGAAAGUCGCUCUUAA